UUGUCCUAGAAGUGGAAAGAAUCUGUGGCAACAGUUCAAGAAUUAGAGCUCAGUAACAUCAUAAGAUAAGCAAUACAUCUGCACCUGUGUCUGACUCACCUGGUGCCCCAGGUCAAAUGUGCCCAGAUAAAAGGUAGGGGGAGAGAAGAAGAGAGCAGUGUCUAGGCUGAGCAGCAUGAAGGGAUUCUUAACCACCAGUGGCCUCUUGCUGCUAUUGUUCCUGAGCCCAGACCCUGGAACAGCGCUGCCACUGUCACCCAGCACUACAUGCUGUACUCAGCUCUACAGACAGCCACUCUCAAACAAGCUACUGAGGAAGGUCAUCCAUGUGGAACUGCAGGAGGCUGAUGGGGACUGUCACCUCCAGGCUGUUGUACUUCACCUGGCUCGACGCAGUGUUUGCAUUCAUCCCCAAAACCGCAGCCUAGCUCGGUGGUUUGUGCGCCAAGGGAAAAGGCUCCAAGGAAACCUACCCAACUUGAAUCUGACACUGAAAAGGAAAAUGGAUUGGAGCCCCCAAAUGCCAAAAUAAUAAAGAAGUAUUGGACAAUAAUCCAAGU